AUGUACUUUGGACGAUGUCCAUCGACUAGUGGUCGAACUGUGGCGUAUUUUUAUGAUGCUGCCAACUUGGAUUCAUUCCCGAAAGGAGCAUUCCUGAUCCCAUUUGCUAUAAUGCUGAUUCUUGAAGGAAUACCUCUGUUCCUCAUUGAACUUGGUAUCGGCCAGAGAAUGCGGCUGGGAUCUCUUGGUGUUUGGAACACUAUUCAUCCUUGGUUGGGUGGCAUCGGCAUUGCUAGUUGUAUUGUUACAUUCUUUGUAGCACUGUACUACAAUGUCAUCAUCACUUGGUGUUUUUAUUAUCUCUUCAAUUCUUUUAAGAACCCUCUUCCUUGGGCAGAGUGUCCACAAGAGAUAAGUAACGGAACUCUGGGGCCUGUACGUGAGUGUGAGUUAUCUUCAGAGACUGCAUAUUUUUGGUAUCGAGUGACUUUAGAUGCAGCUCCAAAUAUGGAGGAUUCAGGUGGAAUAAAGUGGUGGAUCUUAUCUCUACUUCUUUUGGCAUGGAUUGUGGUAUUCUGCAUUGUUAUGAAAGGAAUACAAUCAUCAGGAAAGGUCGUCUACUUCACAUCACUGUUUCCAUAUCUGGUACUGACAAUAUUCUUUGUGAAAGGAGUAACAUUAAAAGGUGCUGGAGCAGGUCUCCAGCAUAUGUACACUCCAAAGGUGGAGAAACUACUGGACCCAAAAGUGUGGCUAGAUGCUGCAACACAAGUAUUUUAUUCAUUUGGCAUUGCUUUUGGCUCUCUGAUUGCUUUUGGAAGCUAUAAUCCUCCUAAGAAUAAUUGUGUUCGCGAUGUAAUUUUGGUAUCCAUCACCAAUGCAUUUACUGCCAUAUAUGCCAGUGUGGUGAUAUUUGCCAUUCUUGGUUUCAAGGCCGUUGCAAAUGUGGAAAAAUGUAACUUAAAGAACCUAAGAUUGCUGAACGUAACUGGAAUAAAUGUCACUGGCACUGAAUAUGACGAUUAUAUGAAAGAACUAACUGAUGAAGAAAAAUCUCAUUUGCCUUUAGAGUUCUGUAAUUUACAGGAACAGUUGGAUCAGGCAGCUGAAGGCACGGGAUUGGCUUUUAUUGUCUUCACUCAAGCCAUCGUAGAAUUGCCAUUUUCUCCGUUUUGGGCUGUUCUCUUCUUUUCGAUGCUCUUGGCACUUGGUUUGGGUUCUCAAAUUGGAAUAUUGGAAGGAAUGCUUUGCACCAUUUUCGAUAUUGAAAUUUUGAAAAGAAUACGGAAGCCUUACAUUACAGGAUCAGUAUGUCUCAUUUGCUUUCUGGUAGGCUUCAUUUUUUGCACUGGUGCUGGCGAAUAUUGGUUAAAAUUGUUUGAUUCAUUUUCGGGAACUAUUGGUCUUGUGCUGGUAGCAUUUUUGGAAACUAUUGCAGUAAUGUAUGUUUAUGGGCAUAAAAAGUUUACUCAAGAUAUUGAAGAUAUGACUGGCUACCGACCUGGAUGGUACUUUCAAAUUACCUGGAGGUUACUGGGACCUCUCUUAAUGGCCAUAGUUUUAGUUUCGUCUAUAGUAGACAUGAUUAUCAAAAAACCACAGUAUGGAGCAUGGGAUGCUAGUGAGGGCAAAACAGUAAACACAGAUUAUCCUGACUGGGUUAUGGUAAUAGCAGGCCUUAUGAUAACAGCUGGGUUAUUACCAAUUCCAAUUGUAUUCUGUCUGAGACGAUUCCAGUGCCUGAAAUUUGAUGUGAAUAUUCACCAAGGAUCAAUCAGAAGGAUUGACACCACAGUUUCUACUAAGGAAAUGAUGGGAGAUGUUGAUUUUGAUGAAUAUCAUGACCUUCCUCAAGAUGGUUCUGAUUACAAUGAUGACGAUGAUGAUGAUGAACCACCUAAUAUUCCAUCAGCAAAUCAAAGGAGAAAGCAGCGAUUUGCCAUGGAAGUGAUGGAUUCAUAGAACUAUUUUGUAGCAUUUUAGGGCCAAGUGAUAAGAUUGAUAUAAUAGAGCACAUGGCAAAAGAGUUUUUAUUUUUUUGCACAUUGUGCAUCCAGAGAGAAAUAUAAAUGUGGAAAUAGAGAAACGAAUUAUGAAUCAUACAAAAGAUGUGUGAUGCAUUAAAAUACUGAUAUUUAUUUACAAUGUUGAAGUUAUAAUUGUGAAGACAAUUUGCUGCCAUCUGGAUAAAUCAACUGGACCUACUGAAUAUCAGUCAUGAGACAUAGGAACGCGUUUCCGUUACAAGCUGUUAAAUCAAUCUUGUUUGCUUACGAGAUUGCUGUAGUUUCUAAGAAUGCUGAUUUUAAUUGUAAAUGAAUAAUUGUGUAUACUAUUAUUAUAGAUUUUUGAAACUUUUAUCAAACUUAUGAUUGCAUGAUGAACCAGAGAACUUCUGUAAAUAUUAAGAAAUUGCAAUGAGGUACUUAUAUUACAAGACCUUCAAAAUUUUUUUUUGUUUAUAAGUUUUCACAUAUUUAUUUUCAUAUAUAUGUUUGAAAGAAAUAAAUAUUAAUAAUUGAUAAUAUUUCACAUCACAAUAUUUGGCUCUAAUCACUUAUGUGAAUAUUGCAAUGGUUUCAAAUGAACAAUCAUGAGUUUGACGUUGUUGUACUGAACAACAUCAACCUAGGUAUGACCUGUUGUAAAAAGAAAAGCAAAGGUGAUAUUUUCUGUUGUAUUAUUAAAAGAGAAUAUUAUUUAGUAUAUGCUAUGUAAUGAUGCAAAGUAAUUACAUGCUUUUUAAAUCUCUGUGCCUAUGUCAUAUUUAUUAUAGUACAGGAAAUAAUGUCAUUCUUAUUGCCUGAAUGUCAAAACAUUGCCUCUGUGGUAACAAUCACAACACUCUCUGCCUUGAGUAGUAAAUUGAGAUAUUAGAUUGAUGCACAUAUUUAGUUGCUACAUAAUGUGAUAAAUAUUACUGUAGAAAUUUGUUGUAAAACUUGCUUCUUAAUGAAGAACAAAGGUCAAUUCUUUCUUUUAGUAUUUUUGAUUUCUUAUUGAGUACUUCUUACUAUGUACUGUACCAUUUAUAACAUCUAAAUGACAUAUGCACAACCUCAAUUAUAAAAGCAGAUGGAACUAGAUUCUUUGGUGGGUACAUGGCUUUCUUCAGCUGCAUUGUACCUACUAUACAACACGGACUACCAACUAUGAGGAUCAUUAACGUAAUGUAGCAUUAAGACAAAUAAGUGCAAAUAGUUGCAGUAAAUUAUAUACAGUUAUUGAAAAAUGUUUCUUUUCACAACAGCAUUCCUAGUGUAGAAUAAAUUGGAAAAUUAGAAUGCCUUUAUAAGGUAUGAAUUUUCUUUCAUAGAAAGAUAUAAGUGAAUCUAAAAUAUUUUGUAAUCACUUGUGAUACUCUGAGUUGAUUUUAAUCUGAACAAUGUUUUCAUGUCCUCGUUACCUUUACUAUUGAAUGUUAGCACAGGACAUAGACUUGUUAUAGUUAGACUCAAAUUUCACUUGUAUGGAAGUGUUUAAUUCUUAUUAUAAUUCUGUAUAUCUUAUAAUUAACUACUGACAAGAAAAAAUUCAUUGUUUCAAAGCUUCCUGCAGAAGUGUUUUUGACAUGAGUCAAUAAUCAUAUUCUAUUCUGAAUAGUCCAUUUACAUAUUCAUUAACAUUGUUAACUACUCUUCUGUUUUAUUCCAUUAUCAUAAUAAUUUCAACAUUUUUGAGUUACAUUAUCAGAAACAGUAGUCACAUGAAUUCACAGAAGCUUAUCUUGUAGAUGCCUUAUUUUGAUAUUUAUAGAGGACUGAUAUUCAUUGUUUUUAAGCCUAUUUUUUUAAUUAUUUUAUUGUGCUAUCAUUCAUGGAUUCUGGAGCACACACUUAAGCAAAUGUAAAUAUUUUGUGAAAUCAAUGUGUCAAUUAUCAUCUUACUUGUACAGAUGUCAUUGCGGCAGUUUUGUUAUUCAUGUAGUGUCAGAUUAAUUUAAAUGUGAACAGAUUUAUUGAUAACAUUACAUUUUUUUCAGCACACAUGAGAUAUUUACAUUCCACAUGGUUAAAUUCCAUCAAGUUACUUCAUAUAAAUGUCAAAUAAUUGUGUACAUCCAAUAUAGUUUACAUUUCAUGAAUUCUGUUGUUGCUGCAAAUAUUGUAAUUGCAACUGUAAAAGAUAUCUGAUAUGUAAUUAUUAGUCAUGCACAGUUCACCAACAGUAGUUAAUAGUAGUAAUUUUUAUGCUCAACUGUGUUGAGAUUGACUGUGAUGGAAUAGCCUGUAAAAACAACUAACUAGCUUUGGAAAGAAAAGAGAUAACUACUUAGAUCUGUUGUUUGAAAAAUGUAAGAUGAUCUGUGAAAAGCUGCAUUGGAAGAAUUUGAAGUUCCAUACAACAUUCAUUAGGUAUGGAGUGAUCAAGCCACUCAUAGAGUCAGGCACAUUGUUUUCUUGUUUUAAAUUCUCAUAUUCUUUGGGUUUCUUUAUGAACACACAUAGAAAAUAGUCCUUUUUUCCCCUCUUCCAUAUUUUCAAACUUUAACUAAAAAUGUGUUGUUCAAAAGGGUUUAUUUUAAUAUUGUCUAUACUUACAAUAUGCUUCACCAAUGCAUCUGUGAAAAAUUCAUUGUAAAAUACUUAUCUGUAAAUUACAGGAAUACUCUGCAAUAGUUUUAUACAAACAUUUAGCAUUUAUUAUAUUUUUUCAUGUUGCUUUGUUUUGUUGCAGUCAUUUACAUUAGUUUAUGAAGAGUGCACAAGGCAUCAGCCGUUAUCACUAAUUUUCCAUAACAUUCAAAGAGAAAGUUGAAAAUGUGUUUGUGUUGUGUAUUUAUGUAUACUUGGGAAGUUUACCUUAGGACAGUUCACGUGUGCCCUGUGAGUGUACAAAACUGAUCGGUGUAAGAUACUUUGUGCUUUUUGUGAAACUGUUUUAACAGGAGAGAUAAGCUUUUUUUGAGAAUUAUUUCUUUCUUCAAAUUUCUGUGCAAUCUGUUAUAUUCAUAAAAUAAGAAAUUUAC